CACAACCAUGCCAAUUGAUCUUGGACUCACUCGAGUAACAAAACUUCUUGCUCACUUAGCCAACCCUCACCUAUCCUACAAGUCAAUCCAUAUAGCAGGAACCAACGGGAAAGGCUCGGUAUUGGCAUACAUCUCAUCCAUACUUACAACAGCACAAAUACGUAAUGGGAAAUUCACCUCGCCUCAUUUAAUAGAAUAUCAUGACUGUAUCACUAUAAAUAAUCAAGUGUACCCUAAAUCCAAAUUCGAACAGGUUCAACAAUUAGUGGGAAUGACUAAUGAACAACAUAAACUCAAUUGCACGGAGUUUGAAUUGUUAACGGCAACAGCAUUCAAGAUCUUUGAGAUUGAAAAUGUGGAUAUUGCCUUGAUUGAGGUUGGUGUUGGUGGGCUCACAGAUGCUACAAAUGUAUUGGAGCCAUAUAAUGGAAAGACUGGUGUUAUUGCCUGUGGUAUUACCAAGAUUGGGUUAGACCAUCAAGGAUUGCUAGGUGGAACAUUGCAUGAAAUCGCCAAGGUGAAAAGUGGAAUUAUGAAACCGGGAAUUAAGUGUUUUGUCGAUGGUCUGAAUGAACCUUCUGUGCUUGAUGAGAUCAGAGCAACUGCUAAAGAAGUUGCAAAUGAAGUGGAAAUAGUACAGCCAGAAUUAGAGCUCAUCCAAUAUAGCCCCCUUCAUGGCCAAUACCAAGCCAACAAUCUAGCCAUAUCUUUGGGAAUAAUCAAAACAGUGAGUCAUUACUACCCUCAAUCCAUUUCACAGGAGAUUAUUAUUCAAGGAAUCAAAAGUACGAAAUGGCCCGGUCGAUUACAACUGGUGGUCCAUCCCACCAUUGGUGAGAUCUUGGUUGAUGGUGCUCAUAAUGAAAGUGCGGCUAUUGAACUAGGAAAAUAUAUAAACCGUGAGUAUGAUCCGUCUAAGAAAGGAAUCAUCUAUGUUAUAGGUAUAACCAAAGGUAAAUCGGCCAGUGACUUGCUUAAACAUGUUGUUAGAUCUAUAGACACUGUGGUCUUUACUACCUUCACUCAACCGGAAAAUAUGCCUUGGGUUAAAUCUACCCCAGUAGAGGAACUUACAGAGAUAACCCAAAAAUUAACUAAGGAUAUAUAUGGUGUCGAUGGUGUAGAACAGGCUAUUAAUCACAUCCAAUCUGAAUUCCGAGCUAAAGGCGAUGAUAGGAAAUUAGUUGUGUGUGGAAGUUUGUACUUGGUAGCGGAUGUGCUUCGUAUAGCUUCAAAAUUGGGUGUUCCUGUAUAUAGUUAGAAGUUUUUUAGUCUGGCAUAAUUUUCGAAUUACAAUAUAUUCCACCAACACGCGUU